ACUGUGUUAUACCCAGUAUUUAGUCAACAUUGAAACGAGUCAUACCAUGUGUAAGAUUACGAUUUUCCUGGGAUUAUUCCUGACAGCAGGCUGUGCCCCAUCUGAAGAAUGGUGGAGGGACUCUUUCAUCUAUCAAAUCUAUCCGAGAAGUUUCAAGGACAGCAACGGGGAUGGGGUAGGCGACAUUAACGGCAUCACAAGUAAGCUAGAACACUUGGUGGACUUGAACGUAAGUGCCUUCUGGAUAUCUCCGUUCUUUAAAAGUCCCAUGUCUGACUUUGGAUACGACAUCUCCAACUUCACAGAUAUCGAUCCAAUAUUCGGGACCCUUGAUGACUUCUCGAAACUCAUCACCAAGGCAAAGUCAUUGAAUCUGAAAGUAAUCCUCGAUUUUGUCCCAAAUCACAGCUCCAACAAGCACCCUUGGUUCCAGAAGAGUAUCCAGAAGAUUCCACCAUACGACAACUACUACGUAUGGAGGAACGCGACAUUCGUCAACGGCACAAGACACCCACCAAACAAUUGGUUGAGUGUCACCAGAGGAUCGGCUUGGACAUGGAAUGAUGUACGCCAGCAAUACUAUCUCCAUCAAUUCAGUUACUUCCAACCAGAUCUUAACUUCCGGAGUUCAGCACUCAACCAGGAGAUGAAGGAUGUCCUGACAUUCUGGACAAAACGAGGAGUGGAUGGAUUCCGCGUGGACGCCAUCCCCCAGGCUUUCGAGGAUGCCAGGUUCCUGGACGAACCCGUUAAGCCCAAUACUGGACUUCCUCCAGACGAUCCCAAUACUCUGGAGCACAUCUACACGAAGAACCAGAAGGAGACGUACGAGUUAGUGAGAAGCUGGCGGAAUCAUCUGGACGCCAUGAAUGGAACCAGGAAGAUCAUAUUAACCGAAUCAUACAUAACGCUGGAUGAGCUCAACCAGUCCAUGAAAUAUUAUGAGUACGGAGCAGAUAUAGCCUUCAACUUCAUGUUCGUCACGGGCUUCAACAAUCGAUCUACGCCAACGGAUUUCAAAGACGGAAUUGAAAAAUGGCUCGCUCACAUGCCCAGGGGAAAUUACAGCUCGAAUUGGGUGGUAGAUAAUCAUGAUAAUAACAGAGUGAGUGCACGAUUCGGAAAACGAAGGGCCGAUCAAUUAACAAUGCUCUCUGCAGUUCUCCCAGGUGUCGGUGUGGUGUAUUACGGGGAUGAAAUUGGGAUGGAAGACACGUGGCUGUCGUAUAAUGAGACUGUUGAUCCGAUUGGAUGCAGUGCAGGACCAACUGGCUACAACAUCACGUCGCGGGAUCCUGCGAGAACACCCUUCCAGUGGGAUAAUUCAACUAGCGCUGGAUUUUCAACAAACAAAACAACUUGGCUACGAGUCAACCCUAACUACCCGAUUCUAAAUUUAGCCGCUCAAAAAACGGUCAGCCAUUCCCAUUAUUCAAUAUUCAAAAAGCUGGUGGCAUUGAAAAAAAAGCUUGUCAUCAAAACUGGCAGCGUGGAGGUCAUCUCCGUGGCAGAUCGAGUCCUUGGAAUUGUCAGGCGAGUUUCCGGCUCAGUACCUGUUGUUCUUUUGAUUAAUUUCUCAAAUGGAUACGUCAUCUUUGACGCAUCGUACCAAUUGAAAAUACCACCGAGAAUGACUGUUUACGUUUCGAACUUUGACUCUUCACUCCCCGAAGGAGUGACGAUCAAUACUCCGUCACUGGUUCUGGCACCAGCUGCGUCGGUCAUUCUUAUGUAAAUUUUAUCAACACCGUCGAAUGCUU